CCGCUAGAUUAUAACUAGUGUUAUUAGCGGGAGUUGGCGUUACUGUGGUGGGAAACUCUUAUAAUUCUUCGCAAUGGCAACCGCUUUCUUUGGCACCCUAAUGGAGCUGCAUACUCCAUAUGGGAGAACCCAUCAUGGUGAAAUGCACAGAGAAGAGCUUGAGCAGAGACCCCAACGCCUAUGGGAGAAGUGGUUUAUGCACUAUUCAAGCCUGCACAGGAUUCUGUUAGUUGGAGAAGGAGACUUUUCAUUCUCUUCUACCUUAGCCACAAGGCUUGAGCGUGCAGCUAACAUUGUUGCCACAUCUCUCGAUAGCCAAGAGAAGGUCAUAAGGCUGUACAAAUCAGCCAUGAGUUCAAUCAUCAACUUGAAAGAACGUGGAGCUUGUGUGCUACAUGGGGUGGAUGCAACCAGGAUGGAUCAGCUGGAGGAGUUCAGAGGAAAAUGUUUUGAUAGAAUUGUAUUUAACUUUCCUCAUGCAGGCUUCUGGGGGAAGGAAAAUGACCCAGAGGUUUUAAAGAAGCACAGAGAUUUAAUGAGUAUGUUCUUCAGGAGUGCAAGUAUGCUGCUGGCCAACAAUGGGCAAAUCCAUGUUACCCACAAGAGGGGGGAACCAUAUGAUAGGUGGAACCUGGCAGAAGAAGCAUUGAAAUGUGGUUUGUUUCUCAGUCAGUGUGUUGACUUCAAGAUAAGAGAUUAUCCAGGCUACAACAACAAAAGGGGAGAUGGAGCCCGAAUUGAUGAAAGUUUUGCUCUGGGACAGUGUAAGACUUAUAUGUUCAUGCUCACAUAUGGUGCUUUUAUUGAAAAGGAGCUCCUGUUGACGAGGAGGGAAUCUCUUUUUUCACCUCUCAAGCGCAGAUAUGAGAAUGUUGGGGAAGAAGAAGAAUACAGGCAUGUUCAAAGACUAAGGAUAGAAAAUUUUGGGGAAGAAGAAGAAUACAGGCGUGUUCAAAGACAAAGACUAAGGAUAGAAAAUUUUGGAGAAGAAGAAGAAUAUAGGCAUGUUAAAAGACAAAGGAUUGAAAGCACAUAUAAUAACAGACUCAUGGGGGUUCCAGGGAUACAUUUUAAUGUCCCAGUGGCCACAUUUCCCAGUGACCCAACAGUGCCCCUACCCCAUGCAAAUGAUUUUGUCAUGCCAAGAGUAGUACCAAGGGAAAUGAGGGAAAGAAAGAUGUUUGGAAUCCCACUUCCAAAUCUGAACCUUCCAAGUUGGCUUCGGUUUUAACCUUGCAACCUCACAGACAGGCAAUUCAUGGGUAGCAAUACUGUUUUUUAAGCUUGCACCCUUUUUGUUUCAGAGAAGGAAGGUCUCAAUCUUUAACAACGGCGAAUACGUGAAACUAUUCUUUUUAUUUUUUGAUAAGAGGUUGGUGAAAACUUCAAUGUAGUUUGACAACUUUCAUCACCAUUUUCUCAGUGUUCUGAUUCAGACUUUGAAUUGGACUUCGUAUGUACUAAGUUAAAAUUAGUAGCGAAAACUAUAAAAGAAAAAUUUGACU